AUGGUAUCUUCGUUCAUGCUCCUCUUUACCUCACUUGCUGCAGUCAAAGUAACAUGGGGGUCCGUUGCCCAGAAUCAGACAUCCUACAAUCCGGCUAUACCUGGUUGGUAUAGUGAUCCUAGCUGUGUUUUUGUACCUGAAUGGAACAAUACCACGUUCUGCACCGCAUCAACCUUCCUCCUGACACCAGGGCUGCCUGUCUACGCCAGCAAAGAUCUCGUUACUUGGAAAUUGGCCAGCCACGCCUUGUCUCGGGAAAGCCAAUUCCCCGGAUUCAACCAAUCUCUCGCCCAAAGCGAUGGGAUAUGGGCCCCAACGAUCCGAUACCAUCAAGGGUUCUUCUACAUCAAUGUCAUUUAUAAGAACAACAUCCUGAACAAUAUCAUUGGCUUAGUCUUCAAGACAGCAGACCCUUACAGUGACAGUGCAUGGAGCGACCCGGUUCAUUACGAUCCUAUAUCUAUCGAUCCAGAUCUCUUUUGGGACGAUGAUGGCGUCGUAUACGUUGCCACUGCUGGCACCUACCUUCAGACAAUCGAUCUCAAAACCGGCACUGUAGGUCAACCUCAGCAGAUCUGGAACGGCACAACCGGCAUCUUUCUCGAAGGCCCACAUCUCUACAAGAAGGAUGGAUACUAUUUCCUUAUGACAGCAGAAGGUGGCUCUGGGAUGAAUCACUCGGUCACAAUUGCUCGCUCACGUAAUAUCUGGGGUCCCUAUGAGAGCUGUCCCCAAAACCCGGUCUUGACAAAUAGGAAUACCUCUGAAUAUUUUCAAAAUAUUGGCCAUGCAGACUUGUUUCAUGAUGCAAGAGGCCACUGGUGGUCGUCUGCGCUGGCUUGGCGCUCGGGGCCUGAAGGGCAGACAUAUCCAAUGGGCCGAGAGAUGGUGUUGACCCCUGUGACCUGGAAGGAGGGUGAAUGGCCGGUCUUCUUACCAGUCCGUGGUAUAGAAACAGGGUGGUAUUUACCUCUCUCCAAGGAUAUCCGGGGAGACGGCCCUUUCGUCAACGACCCCGACGUUGUCGAUUUCCAGCCCAACUCGACAAUUCCGCGCCAUUUUGGUUUCUGGCGUUGGCCCAACAAAAAGUCCUUUGUUCUGUCACCGCCGGGCCAUCCAGGUACGCUUCAACUGACACCGUCUGUUGCAAGUAUCACGGCCGGCUACAAGAACUAUACCGCUGGCUAUCAACUGGCCGACCUCACAUUGAUCAUGCGUCGGCAGACGGAUACGAUGUUCGAAUAUAGCAUCGACAUAGACUUUGCACCCAAAACCAGGGAUGAGGAGGUUGGGGUAACUGUUUUCCUGAAUCAGGUCCAAAAUAUCAAUCUCGGGGUGGUGAUGCUACCUGCUAAUGACACUUCAAACUCCACCAAACGGGUCUUAGCACCGCAUUUCCGCUUUCUGGUCUCUGGGCUUGAAAGUAAUGAGAAGAAGAUCCCUCCACCAUACAUCACACCAGUUCCAACCUCUUGGCUCCAUGAACCCAUUCGCUUGAUGAUUCGCGCGUCGAAUGAAACCCACUACACAUUAUCUGCUGCCUCGACUACUCGCCCCAAUGAAAUCCAGAUGAUAGGCCAGGCACCGGCAACAAUCGUGAGCGGUGGUGCGGGGCCAUUCACAGGCUCUCUUGUCGGAGUCUAUGCCACUAACAACGGCGGAACUGGAACGACUCCGUCUUAUAUCUCUCGCUGGAGAUAUCAGGGCAUUGGGCAAGCGAUUACGAAAGGCCAGUAUGAGAUGACCCUGUAA